GACUGCUGCUGCUGCAGAGAGCCGAUAGAGGAAGAGGCUCUGUGGGUGCAGCAGUUCAUGUUAGCACCGUUACUGUUAGCAGGCUGACAUCUGGUUCCUUGUGUUUGAUUAUAAAACUAAUAGCUGUUUAUCAAACCAGAGUCAAGGGUUGUAAUCGAGGCUCUCCGACGACGACUGCUUCUUCAAGAUGAGCUUCCUGUUUGGCAAUCGCUCAUCCAAGACCUUCAAGCCGAAGAAGAACAUCCCAGAAGGCUCCCACCAGUAUGAGCUGCUGAAACAUGCCGAGGCAACACUGGGCAGUGGGAACUUGAGGCAGGCUGUCAUGCUGCCCGAGGGAGAGGAUCUCAAUGAGUGGAUUGCUGUCAACACGGUGGAUUUCUUCAACCAGAUCAACAUGCUGUACGGCACCAUCACCGAGUUCUGCACGGAGACCAGCUGCUCUGUAAUGUCUGCUGGACCAAGAUAUGAGUAUCACUGGGCUGAUGGCACCAAUAUUAAGAAGCCCAUCAAAUGCUCUGCGCCCAAGUACAUUGACUACCUGAUGACCUGGGUGCAGGAUCAGCUGGAUGAUGAGACUCUUUUCCCCUCCAAGAUUGGAGUUCCUUUCCCCAAGAACUUCAUGUCUGUGGCCAAAACCAUCCUGAAGCGUCUGUUCAGGGUUUACGCUCACAUCUACCACCAACAUUUUGACUCUGUGAUGCAGCUGCAGGAGGAGGCUCACCUCAACACCUCCUUCAAGCACUUCAUUUUCUUUGUUCAGGAGUUCAACCUCAUCGACAGGCGAGAGCUUGCUCCCCUGCAGGACUUGAUCGAGAAGCUUGGAUCCAAGGACAGAUAGACAUUUCAUCACACCUCUCCUCUUUUUUAACAGUUUCUUUUCCUCCUUUGUCCUUUCUCCGUGACCUCUGCUACCUCUACGACUUCUAGUCUCAACUCAUACAAUCUGUGCCUUCUUCUUUUCAUUUCACAAAUGUUUGUACUGUACCUUUCCUUUUAUUCCUUCUGUCAUCUUUUAUGCUGUCUUUGAGCCCUUUCUUCCAUUUUGCCACUCUAGAUCAUAUAAAAUAGUGUAGUGUAGUAAGAAUAUUUUUUCACAGGACUGUUGUUAACGACUCUGUAAAAGCAACCUACUGAAUUUUGUAUUGGACCAAGGACAUUUUGGAAGUUAAAGUGAAAACCAGCUUUUUUUUCCUUCAGAAGUUGGUGUACAGUGUUUUGAUUGUCUAAACACUUUUUUAGUUAUUGAUAGGUUAUAGGUGUUAUCUUUUAGCUAUUGGAAUUACUGUAACUGACCAAAUAUCCCAAUCUUUUUUAAGAUGUUUUUUAGUGUACAGUGGAGAGUAAAGAUGGCACGAAAAGUAGUGACAUGAAACCGGUCUUGGGUGGACACACGUGACAAUACAAGUGCGUGGAAGGUAUUAUCAGUCUAACAUGAAGACCGCCACAAAAAUACACCAGUAUAUAGUUUAUAUCUCUCUGUCACAAGCUAGUUGUGUAUCUGAUAUUCCCCGUAUGCCAACAUGAUUCCUAUUGACACGCUCUUUGACACAGUUUUAUUGUGAAGGGAUGCAGUGAUAGACGAUGUGAGAUGCCUUUGUUCUUGCCCCACGAAAAACACCACCUUCGACUAAAUUAUAGCUAUUUCAAUUUGGUAAUGCAAUUUUGUGUUUUGCACAUUUUUUCGGCUAUUUUCUUAAUUAAAAUAGUAUAAUUCAAGAUAUUGUGCUUACAGGGAUACUUUUAAACUGCUUGAUAGUUAUUAGUAAUAGCCACUUAAAGCUUUUGUAAUCAUGACCCCAUAAAGGAGUUGUAUUGUAGAAAUCAUCCUGUCGUCAGCAAUAAUAGUCUAAUGUGAAUUCUUUUGUUUUUAUUGUCAUUUUGGUUCAUUUUUUUGUGGUGCCGAUUUAAUUGUGGAAAUGCAUAUUUCAUCUUUCAAUGCUGGUACUUUUUUUUUAUUUUUUUAUUAAAUAAUUCCCCCGCUGGAUUAUAAAAUAGAGCAAUAACUAUUGAACCUGUGCGCAAUAAGUAUGAGUGACCUGAGGUAUUUGUAGUAUUUCCACAGAUACCUUUAUUAACCUUGGUGCAGGUAUCAUGGUCAUUUCCUGUGCUUAACUCUGGCUACAACAGCAGGGCUGUUUGUACUGCCAUCCUUUCACAAACUAAUGCAGAUAGUAUUCCCGAUGAAUGUUUUAUUCGGCAGACUAAAGGAAUUGGUCCAUAACUUUCUUCAUGUUGGACCUAAAUUCAUAUCAGACAAUCAUGUAACCAAUUAAGAACUGUUAGUUAACUUAAUGCAUCACCAGGAACCAACCAAUGUGAUAGGGUGCAGCAGCGUGUUCAUUUUAUAAUGUACUACUUUUUAAGAUGUUGAAAACCUUUCAACAAUGUGAAAAAAACAUGUUUUUACACUUUAACUGCAAUUUAUCCACUCUUAGGCCCUCAAGCUGCUUGGAGAAAAAAAAAAUCAAGCUAGCACCCAUUAAGUGAAUCAUCUAUAGGCAUAUCAAUGUAUUUUACAAGACCGGGUUAUUUCAAAGACUUUAUUUGAAUAUAUAACUAGUCCUCUUUCACCACAUAUUUUUGAAAUGUAUUGCUUUUUCUCACAAUUUUGUUUUUAAGCUUUUGGCAUGGAGUUACAUUUCAUUUUACAUUGUAAAAUAAGUAUUUGACUUAACUUUUUCAAAUAAGGAACAAGGGCUUUGAAAUGAAUUAAAAGUUUUAUAUAUUUACGAUAAUGGUCCAAUCAUUGGGGGGGGGGGGCAUUUUGAAUGGGAGGAGGUGCGAGGAUGUAUGUACUGCGUCCGAACAUUUGCUGUAAAUAUGAUCAGUGUUUUAUCUGAACAAAACUGUGCCUUACAAAAAUGAAAAUGUCUGAUAUGACAGUAUUGGUAGAUUGAAAACUCAAUAAACACUGAAAGUACA